AGGUCUAGUAGUCGAGCCUGUCAACAACAGUGCAACCCGACACGGGAUAGCCAGCCACUGGGCUAGCUAACUAAACUAGCUAAGUGAGCUAGUCCGUUAGCAUCCAGGUUAUCCAAGUGGUGUCACAACCCGCUAUAAUCCAUCUGAAAUUACACAUGUUUGGAGUUGCUUGGAAAAGACCGAGAGGCAAAAACUGACUUGCUCGCUUGGCCCCUUCGAUUCCUUCCCCGUGUGUGAUAUGACAUCGCUGCGUGGUAACAACCAAAUCCAGCACUCCACUGCAGACGGCUGACAUCUGGUUAGGUGCUAUUGAAGAGGAUGGCUGCACAAGUGGAGGUUCAAACUGGGGAGGUGGGGAGGACAGGGGUGGGAGGACGAUUGCACCUCAGUCCCCUGACUGACUCCAGCAAUAAGAGCCUCAUUGAGGGUCCCUCCAGCAACCAGGGGUCCCUUAUAGUCACUCCGGAGCCCAAUAAGCCUGUCCCCACCCCCAAGCCACGACUCACUCCCAAACCCUUUGCUGUGGAGAAAAAUCCCACCAUUAGACCCAUACUUGCCCCUAAGCCCCAAACUAAGCUCCAUCCAGAGCCUACUCGCCCCACUGGAUACAAACCUGACCUUCCAAGCACUCCAAAACCACAGCAACCAGUUGUCAGUGGCAGAGCCAGACCAGUGUCAACCAACCCAAACCGUCCUGCUCCUACCUCCUUUAAACCUUCUCCUAAACUGAACACUGGACAAACGACCAAGCCUGUAGUCCAACCAUUCAAACCAGCCCCUCCCCUUACCCCUGAAAACACUAGUAAACCCAAUCCUCCUCAGCCAGCAGAGAGACAGAAGCCUGGGACAUUAAGUUCGCCCUAUGCUAGGAGCCCUAAAAAGCCCCCUGCAGCAGAGUGGUCUGGAACCACUAAAAAGGAGGAGGACACCAUAGCAUCCAGUAAAGGACCAGGUGGGACCUCCAUGACCAGAGCCAAGUCCAUGGGUUUCCUCCUUCAGGUAGGGCAGGACGAAGAGGAAAAGCAACAGAAUAAAGCUGAGGCCGCCGUGCCCCUCCGACCCCAGCCCAGAGGCUCCAGGACCAGGCCUGUAUCAGCCAUUUAUCUUCCCUCGCCCAACAAGACAGAGCCCCCGAGUCCUGCCCCUCGCUGGGCUGGGAGACGACCCCUUUCAGCUGAUCUCACAUCCAAAUUUGAAUCUAUUGGCCUUUCACUGCACCGUAAACCCCCCAAGGCAAACAGCAAGGAGAACACUCCAGAGGAGAGAAGACCACUGGGGAGGAGAGAGACAGAAAAAGACCCGGACAGGGCCUCAACAACACUGCAAGGUGCAGAUGGUCUAGCCAAGCCUGCUGUAUCAGACCAAGACAACAUGAAGAAAGAAGAGGCAGGCGAGAAAGAUAUGGACGAAGAGAAGGGUGGGGGUAGCAUCAAGAGACGGAUCAGUCUCCUCCUCGAUUCAUCCUCCUCUCCUGGGGCAGGUGCAACAGGUCAAAAGUCAGAACCUCAGUCUUCAGUGCAGCCGGUCCCCGAGGGUGAACCUCCACUGGGAGUUAAACAGCGAAUCAAGCAACUGACAGAGGACCCACCUCCAGCUCAGAGUCCCCCAGUGAGACCAACAGUAAAGCCCCGCCCCUUGCCCCUUGACCUGACCAAAAGGUUUACCCCCGAGAGGUCAACAGACCGUGACAGCCCCACCUUCAGUGAGGCAACAGAUCGCCAUGAGAGUGACAAAGAUCCUCAGAGGACAGUUGAGGAGUCAGCAUCCAUCCUCACGGACCAAAAGAAAAUGGAUCAGGACAUCAGAGAUUCCCAAGUGCAGAUCACUGAGGCCGUGGAACAGUCGGCGGACGCAACACCCAAGGAAGGUGGUCCCGGCGGUGCAGUACUGACAGUGCGAGCGUCCCUUUUUGAGAAUGUGGUGGAGAGGCACAGUGUGCUGGUGGUGGACGAGGAUCAGCAUAAACAUGAGGCCAAGAGCCUGCCCAGGAGCUUGCCACUCAAGAGAGGGGACGGUGAGGAUGAGGGAACUCUGGUCACCGCCACCUACAGAGAGCCUGUAUCGCCAUCAAGCCCACUGCGGGUGCUGCAUUCCUUCGACACUGUGCCCGCAGUGCAGGAAAGCAGGGCAGUGAGCAAAAGCAUUCCCGUGGCUCAGUUGGAGGAAAAAGCCAUGACCUUACGCUCCAGACGGUCAGAAGAGAACAGGCCAGCCCCAACCCAAGGGGAACCUGUUGUGGGUUUGAUGCCUGAGCAGCAGCAGCCACGAUACCUGAGAGUCGGGGCUCUGCAGAAGUGGACUGCAGACCUGGAGCAAGAGGCAGGAAUAGAGGAAGAUCUACGAAAGGACUCAGAAAGGGACAGACAGAUGGCUUUGGAGAAAGAGAGAGAACAGCAGAGAGACGCAGAGAUGGAGGAAGCAGCUGCAGCCCCCAAACGUUUGAAAAUGCUAGAGAUGGAUGAGCCGCCUAAACCGAGGGCCACUUACUUUGCUUUGACUGGACAAAUACAAGAGCCUGGAAAUGUAGAAGCAGACAGAGGGGAUGUUGGAGUGCCCUUUGAUGAUUUCUCUGUGAGAUCAGGGCACUGGAGCUCUCAAGGGAAAGUUGUUCCAUUAAGAAGAAAUCCUUCAUUAGAAGAAGCUUUUAUAAAAAGUGAAAAUUCAAUAGAGAAGAGCCUAAUAUCUGAAAAGGAGAGGGAAUUGGCAUGGGACAGACAGGUGACAGAGGGAGAGAUGGAAGUUGAAAAGCACAGAGAAUUAAAUAGGGAAACAGAGAGACAAAGGAUGAGGUUAAUAGAGCUAGAGAGGGAAAAACAGAGGCAGCAUGAAGCUGAGAGACAGGCACAUUUAGAGUUUGCAAGGAUGAAGGAGAGGGAGAUGCAGAGAGAAUAUGAAAGGCAAAAAAAGAAAGAGAAGGAGAACCUGCGUGAGUUAGAAAAACAGAAACAGCAACAGCUCGAAAAAGAAAAACAGCAAGAGGUAGAGAGAGAAAGAGAGAAACAGCGACAACUUGAGAGAGAGAGACUACGGCAACUUGAGAGAGAAAGACAACGACAACUUGAGAAAGAAAGACGACAACUUGAGAAAGAAAGACAACGAGAAUUGGAAAUGGAACGACAGAGGGAGAUGGAGAGAGAGAGGCUGCGAGAGCUGGAAAGGGAGAAGGAGAGACAGCAGGAGCAGGAGAGGCAGAGAAAAAGGGAGCAAGAAAGACAGAAGGAGCUGGACAAGGAGAGGCGGCUGUUAGAGCUACAAAAAGAAAGACAGAGAGCAGAGGAGCUGGAGAGAAUACAGGAGAUGGAGCGAAGGCAGCUCUUAGAGUUUGAACGACAGAAACAGAAAGAAAAGGAGAGGCAGCAGCUCUUGGAGCUUGAGAAGCAGAGACUUAGGGAGAAGAUGGAGAGAGAGGAAGCAGAGAAAAUUAAACAGAUGGCCAUACAACAAGAAGUGGACAGACACAAAGAGCUGGAGCGACAGAGGGCGAUAGAAAAGGAGCGUUGUAAAGAGUUAGAGAGGGAAAGGCAGAGAGAGCUGGAGAGACAAAAGCAGAGAGAUUUAGAAAGGGAGAGACAGAAACAACUAGACCUUGAGAGACAGGAGCUGGAAAACCAGAGGAUAAGACAACGGGAACUUGAGAAGGAAAAGCAGAGGAAGGAGGAGUUGGAGAGAAUGAUGGAGAUUGAGAGAAGAAAACUCGCGGAGUUUGAAAAGCAAAAGCAGGUGGAGAGGGAGAGGGAGAGACAGCAGCUUGUAGAGUUGGAGAAACAGAGACUGAGGGACAAGAUGAUGAGAGAGGAAGCAGAAAAACUGAGACAGGUAGCCAAACAGCAGGAAGCAGAGAGACAAAGGCUGAAAGAGAAGCAGAGGAAAGAGCAGCAGGAGAGGAUGGCACUGGACUCGUCACCUCUGAGGCCCAAAGUGCUGGAUCUAGACUCUGUGCUCCGUGAUGACUCGUUUUCCAAAGCCACUCCUCAACACAGUGACCCUGCAACGCGAUGGAGGCAGGUAUCUCCCAGAGCUGACGAGCUUUAUAAACCUGCCAUUCUCGACAUUGACUCUUUCACAACUCAGACCCAGCCCUCACCCAGUAAAGACAUGUUUCCUGUUGCUGGUAUUCAGGUUAUAGAGGCUGGGAGUGGGUCUAGAUCACAGCCUCUCACCCCUGAGACGGACAGUGGCCGUAAGUUAACACCAGAGAGUUCACUGGGCCGGCCGAGCCCCACGUGGACAGUGUCACUUCAGGACCCGUGGGAGCUGAGGCCAGGUGAGAUGUCCGUGGACAGACCCCCAGCCAGAGCUGAGCCACUCAAGAAACCUGCCAACAAACUCAGCGUGGAGCAGUUCCUUCUCAGGCAUGAGGACAUGCUCCUGGCUCCAGAGAGGCGCUGGUCAGGUGUGCCGGAUCAACAACAGCACUCGUCCCAUUUCUCCAGCGAAGAGCCCAAGACUGCCAACACUCCCAUGGAGCAAAUCUGGCUCCCCAGAGAGCCAGAACGCUGUGACAAUAAAUUAGACGUCUGGGAGCGCAGGAGUUCACAGGGAGCCCAGGAGCUGAACAGGAUGCGGUCCCGCAGCGUGUCGCGACGGUCGGCCCCCUCAAGCAGCGCCGUGGAAGCAAAUCUUUCCAGGAUGAGGAGUCGCAGUGCCCACAGAGAGAGGGACCGUCACAGCUGGGUGCAGCAGAAGCAGAGUGUCAGUAGUGACAAGGAGGAGAAGCACUUGGACACACCGGUCCAUGACACUGACAGUCAGUACGGGACGUGGGAGACAGGACUGCGCACUGAUGAUAGCCUGUCUCCUGCCACACCCACCUCAGACAGCAACCUCACCCCAUCGCCAAGGAAACCAACUCCUCCCCACACACCAGGCGAAUACACUCCAUCUUUGAAUCUCGACACCCCAGAUGGCCUCUCCCCCUUGUCCCCACCUGAGAGCCAGCCAUUCCCUCCUUUGCCAGAUGUCACGACCACUCUGUUGGACACGAGUGCUCUCCGCUCCAGAGCCCAGCUGGCGAAGAAGCGAGGCCCGCGGUCACGGCCCUCCAGAGCGGCCCACCUCAGUGCUGCUGUGCUUCCAGAGGGAGAGGCAGGAGCCACCGAGGACUGGCGCUACAGAGACUCCACAGAGGAGAAGGUUGAGAGUAAGCAGGAGGACUCGGACUCGGAGGAGCAGGCCAGAGGAGUUGAUCCCCGUUCUGCUGCUGCCUCCCAGCCUCAGAGGGUCGCCUUGUUCCCUGGGAUGGACCCUUCAGCGUUAAAGGCCCAGCUGAAGAAGAGGGGUGACUCUGACAAUCAGACUGAUGGACCUGCUCCCUCCGCCUCCCAGCUGUCUCGCUCUCCCAAGUCCCCCUUCCUCCCACGGGCAGCACGCGUACUGCCCCCUACUGGUGGGAAAGAAAAUGGUGAGGACUCUCCCCAGUGGUUAAGAGAGCUGAAGACUAAGAAGCGCUUGAGUCAAAUAGAAAACGAUAGCUAAAUAAGAAGGUGGCCUUAAACAGACGAAUAUGUAUGAAAUAGAAGCCUUAACCUUUGACCCGGAGAAGAUGGGAAUAGAAUGUACCGCUGCUGAUGUAUUUCCUAUUUUUGUUUUUGUUUGUUUUUUUGUUGUCUGCCCAACUGGGUCACAUACACGUGCAUGGUGCCUUUUUUCUGAGAGUCUCAGUCUUACGAGAGAAAAAAAAAACAAGCAAAGAGAAAAACAUCAGGCUGCUCUGCUUGUCCAUUUCACCGCUUGAUCCUCCAGAAGCUCUUCUGUACCAGGAGGGACUUCAAAUAGACACUUUACUCCGAUAGGGACCAGAAGACGUGGGAAAAGGAGAAAACUCAAUUACUUCCUGUCAGGUCGCAUUUCAGGAAACGGUUAACUUGUGGGACCACGGCACCUCUUAACCUGAAAGUGCUUCAGUAUACACCGGAGGGCAAUCCAAGUCCUCUACAAGAUAUAUGUGUUUAGUUUUCUUACUUUAUUAGUACGUAGAUGUCGGUGUCUGUGCAUUGGAUUUCUCUCUUAUCACUGGAGGUUGUUGAUGGUAGCCACACAAGCAUUGUCAUACUGUAGGAUAACAUUUCAGAUGCUGAUGCUUUUUCUCCUAGGAACACCGAGAACAAAACACCGCUCACCUGAUUGUCAGCGGGACUGUAUAUUAUGUUAUUAUCUGUAAUCAGGAAAUGUUAUAUUUGUAUUGUCAUUGAUUUGAAAGAGACAGUGCUAGAUUUGAAAAGGAUUAAAAAAGCAUCACUACAAUAGAGGCUCUGGAGCCUUUUACUUUGAUACACUUCACAACCUAACAGUGGCACAGUUGCUGCGUAGAACUUUUUUUUUUUUUUUUUUUUUUUUUGUGUCCGAGUAUUUGUGGAAUAAGGACAGGGGAUGUUUGGCCAAGCGAGUUUCUCAAUCAUGGACCCUCCUUUCCAGCACAAACACACACUCCUCAAUCUUGAAUGAACACACUAAGUCCGCCUGUCUUCCCUCCUCUCCACCUUACCUCCUCCAGCAGGUCACCAUUGUGCUGCAAGAAUGAAUACGAGGAUUGUAAGGACAAUGUCGUACCUGUAUGCAUCCCUUAUGAGCCAUACGUUCAUCUUGUACCCCUCUGGAUUCCCUGGAUUAUGUUUUGACAGAAUGUAUUGCUAUAUUUUUUAUUAUCUCCAACAAAUGUGCAAUUUCCCCUCUAUUUUAUUCCAUUUAUGUGCAUGCACAAUCUCUGCUCCCACACUAAGCUUUGCGCACGCUGACUGGCCAAGAGUGUUUGGGAUAUGGCUUACUCUACUCCAGUGGAGGGAUGAUUUGUUCACUACAUAGUUUGAAAGAGGGCUACACUGUGCUCUCUGUUUUGCUCCAAACAAAAUUUGACUAUUUGCACCUGUUAAAGGAGCUCAAACAUGACUGUGGUCUUUCUCCUUGUGUUUGCCAUGCGCCCACUUGCUCUGUGUCCAUAAAGCACUUUGUCACUUGAUGCACUACAGCACUGACCUCUGCCCCCCCUCCCGUCUUUGUUGGCCAUGUCCCGCCUCCUGUAUUUGAGUAGCCUCAUUGGAAUGCUAUUGCAAUGCAAGCGGACUUGUCGAUUGAAUCUUUGGAGUCAUUAUCCCCGGUUUGUCUGUACUUGACAUUUUACUUUGUCAUAAACUUUGUCAAUUUGAGGGUUUAUUUUUUAUGUCCUAUGUUUGUCCUUUUUUAUUUGAAAGUAAAAGAUGUAUAUUGCACUGUGUUGUAAUGGCCAGUGUCCUAAAGUGUAAAUUCUUAAUAAAAUUUAUUUGAGUUGAA